AUGGUCAAUGCAACUUCCAAAGAGGUAGUUUCUGUUAAUAAUGCGAGUCCUGCCGAUGAACCGACAGUGCUAUGUAUUGUGAAGGAUGAGACGACAGCGAACUGGAAACACUGCACUCACACGGUUAAUUUGCCAGCUUCCACACCAGUACACGAACUUUAUUCUCAUGUAGCUAAGCAAGUUAACUAUGAAGAGGACUCUUUUCUCCUAGUGUGGUGUAAUACGGCCGGAGGAGGAAGCAGCGAGGAUGAAGUUGUUCUCAAGGCGGAAAAGAACAAAUCAUUGCAAGAAGUUGGUUUGGCAUCGAAUGGAAAAAAGAACAAUUUCUUACUAAAAGAUAAAGAUGGAGUGCAACCAAGGAAAAGCAAGGUUGGUGAAUUAGCAGCCGUUUACUACGCGUUGCCAAACAAAAACAUCUUAUCAAUCGAUGUUAAUUAUAUUGAUUUCUUCAGAGGGAGGCUUUGAUUUCUCGAACUAUCAGUUUAGUUAGACUCACCGUAUAUUAUUUCUAUUUUAAGCUUAGUACAACAACUUAAGCUUUUUAGUCUAUAUCCUUUAAUAGUUUAAGACCUUCAAAUCUACAUAGUAACGACAAUGUGUCAAAUUUUCCUGGAAAUCAUAAAAAGAGUUUCUGAAAGACUUCUAAAUUAUUGGAGAAUAAAUAAUGUUAAGCACGGUUCAUUCCAUUGAGCCUUAAAUAGUUAAAAAUUUGUUGGAACUAAGACUUCUAUUAUUUAACUGUCAGGUGCCAACAAAAGAUUUCAUUAGCAAAUGAUACUUUGGGGUUAAAACUUUAAAACCGUAUCUUAAUCCUAGCUUAGUGGUAAAGUUUUCAUUCAGUUUUAACGUCAAGUAAUAUUUCUGCUCUCUUCAUGGGAAAUUGACAUGCACAUUGUGUGUAGUAGAGACUAUGCCGGCAGACACCAGCAGACAGAACAAAACUGAUCAAAUGAUAGAACCUGCCAAAUUAAAGCAAAUUUUCCAGUUUUGUGUAAUUUAUAUCUCAAGAGAGCCUUUUUUGAGAACAUUCUCUUAGAUUGUCUCUGUUUUGUGUUGUCUUGGGUUUUUCUUGUUUUCAGUAAUGGUAAGUUUUCAUUAGUAGUAGAUGAAUUUGUCAAUAAACUAUUGUGUAGCAUACAGUUUUCCAGCCAGGAAAUCAUAGCUACUAUAUAAACACUUGUGUGUUGAGCCCGAUUUUCCCUGAUACAGUCUGUCUUACUGUUACUGUCAUAUGUAAGAGAAAUUAAUAAUGGAAGAGACAUGAAAUCUUUCAGAUCCAUGCUGAUGGCUUUUCAGUUUCUAAGGACCAGUUGUAAUGUGAUAACCAUACAUUCCACUAGCUUUUGUAGGGGGUGGAUGGAUCUAUAAAAUUCGGAAAAAGAUUGGGGAGGGGUCCAGGACACUUGCCAGCAAUAUAGACACUAUUUAAUAUACUGAGAAUUCCUUUACAAUACUAUAAAAUUUCACAGAUAAAUAGGGUGUCGUCUGCUGGGACCACCCCUUAAUCCACCCACGACACUAUCAGUCUUUUACCAAGCUUUGAUACUCUAACCCACCCAACCUGUGAUUGCUGCGGAGCGACGGAAGGGAGCGAGCAGCAACAUAAUCAGGAUUUAAAGGAAAUAUAUAAGGGGCAACAAAUUCUCAAAUUCAUCACUUUUUACCACAAUGCAUUGCAUUUAACCACACUUUUUACCACAAUGCAUUGCAUUUAACCAGAGUGCAUUGCGCCACGAACAACUCAAAUAAAAACAUGGGGAAGUUCGGUGGGUGAGAGAGUGCAUCGUUCGCUGCUCAGACUUAGAGUUUUCUUUGUGGUAAAUUUUCUACAGCACGGUUAGAGGUCUUACCAAAUUUUAAGACAUGUGGGAGUCUUUCAUAUGAGUAUGAUGGUUGACUUGGGGAUUGGAUUUCAAUUCAAGAGCCUUUUUUGACUCAUCCAGGUGUUAAACGUGAUGAGAAGAUGAGCAUUUGCUCUUCGACUCUGCAACACGGGGGAUAUACAAAUUCCAGCUUGCUAGAAGGUGAUGUGAAAGUGAGAAAAUCUCAUGCAAUGCUAUUCUUAAGAAACUGUAUGAGCCGAAAAUGGAUGUGAUUUUGACCAUUCGCUUCAAAAUAACAGCGGAAAUCGAGAUAACAAAACAUAUGUUUUGUGUCCUACUUUACAGACGAGGACGUGUAUCGGCGUUUUGAAAAGCAUAAUUAUGUUCUUUCAUUCAUUUAUUGCCAUGGAAUAUGCGUUUACAUUGUUUUUUCACUGUUAGUAGCGCAGUUAAUGCGGCUGGCGAUCAUCUUGCCGGCGGAAGUUUCAUGGAAAAGGAAUAAAAUGAAAGACUUUUCCUACAGACUACGGAACCAGUCUCUGUGGUGUAGUGGUUAGGUGUAGUCGCGUCAAGUCGAAGGUGCCGGGUUCGAGUGCUACUGAGUUAUUUAUUCCUUCUUUCUUUUUUUUCCGUUUUUUGUGUUGUUGUUUUCUAUAAAUAUAUAGGUAAAUCACUGUUACUUAAUAAAAUGCAACAAACAGCAAGAAAAGUAGUGUGUUUCCAGAGAAAAUAUCGUGCACUGUAUAUUAAAUAUAUGGAUAAACGAUCUGAAUUUCUAUUAUUUCCUACAAUUUACUGUGGGAAAACCAGAGUUGAUAACCACUUGAUCAUUUUCUAAACAGCGUUCCCACGAGUUCUUUCUAUAGACUGAUAGUAAUUUUUCUAGUACUUUCCAACAUGUAAAUAGGACAUUCAAUGUCAUUUUUGAUUCUCUUAAGUCUCACUGCCUCACUAAUGCCAGUAUCAACAGAAUGUGCCGCAGCAUUACUAUCUUUUAGAUACCCUAGUAUAUAUAUAUAUGUGUGUGUGAUUUGUGAAUUGAUAUUAGUGUUAGAAGUAGACUGCACCACUAGGAAGAUGCCCCUUAUGGGAAUUUUUUUUUAAUAGUAUAUUUGUGGGUUAGUUCAUGUCCCCUUUAAAUUAACAAAAAAAGAAAGAUAGAGGAGAUAACACCUAUAACUUAAUGUCAGUGUCUGAUGAUGCAAUCACUAGACCUGAGAAAAAGUCUUUUAUAGUCAGUAUGAUCUUACUAGUGUUUUAAACAGGCUACAGUAAAAACCCGCAACUAAGAACCUAAAAAUUAAGAACCUGUUAGCCUAAAAUUGGUCAUUUAUACCCCCUAUAAACAAGAAGCUAUUUAGCCUUAGAAAUUUAAAACAGGUUCUUAUUUCUAAAAUCAUACUAGUACAUUACAGCUGUAUUGCAAGAAUCAUAUUUGAAGCAAAAAAAGCAGAUUGCCAUUGUUGUAAAAAUGUUUUUUAAGGAAAAAUGAGUGCAAGAUAGGUAGACUUACAAAGCAUACUAAGCAAUAUGUAGCCUCAGCACACCAUUAUGCAUUGUUUUUUUCUCCAGGAUUAAGAACCCAUUUUAAGAACCUAAAUAGCCUAAAAUUCUGUUAACUACCAUUUAUAUAAGAACCAGUUUAGGCUAACUCCUAAAAAUGUAGGUUCUUAGUUGCAGGUUUUUACUGUAUGUCACAUUGUUUUCUAUCUUUUUAAAAGCUAAAUACAUGUAAACACAUCUUUACAUCAUUUGAAUAGUAUUCUAAAAAUAGUGCUCCAGUUUAUUGUUAAGGACAAUAUUUAAAGGCAUUAAACUGUUUCCUGUCAUCUGUUUCCACAGAUGGUAAGGAUGGAUAUAGAUUGAAACUUGAAAGAAUUAGGCUGAUUUUCUUAAAUGUUAAUGUUGUACUUUCAAAAUUCAACAAAAACUUAUCAUGGUUACCUGAUUAGAUAUUUUUGCGACAUCUUUUCCUGAAAUCUACAGGAGCAUGUUGGGUAUUAGUAAAGAUACUAAGUAAUGAUUGUAGAGCAGAAUUGACCUAAAACAGCUAUUGUAACAUAGACCCACUAAAGACCCUUGUUAGCGGUUGGGCUUAGCUUUAAACUCAGACUCUCCACUAAGCAAACCUGCGUUCCACCAACAGAUUCAGCAUAAAUACAUGUGCAUGUACCUCCCAACUCAAGAUACCAGUGAAUUCUAACAUGGAGUAUUGUUUCUCAAAAUAAGCUGUCGUUAUGAGACAAUUGGGAGCUUAAGCAACUACGACAACGACAACAACGAUGACUUCAAAAAAACAAUAGGUUUAAUGAUUAAAACAACAGCUGUGCACGUGCGUCAAGCUUUUUAGUACAUUUCUUUGACGUCCACUGCAUGACUACAACGUGAAACCUCCUAAUUUGACGAUUUAUGGAGGAUGUGGACAUACAAUGCCGAAUAUCAUUUUCUUUCAUCUUUUUGAACCUGAAUAAAAUUCUUAAGAAUUUAACUCCCGGAAAAGUCGCCUGUAUUUGACAUAUUAAGCAGGUCCAAAUAGAUGCGAUUAAGUUUGAAAGAACGCAAAUUCAUCUUUUUACUGGCGUUUUCACUGCCGUCAUUGUCGUCCUUGCUUAAGGUCCCUAAUGGUUCUGUGAAAUCAACCUCAACUCCACCUUAAUAACAUGUAUUUCUCUUUGUUGACUUUCAGGAAAGCACAGAGGAUAUACUUGCUGACAGUGUCAGCAACUUGUUCCAGAGUAGUUCAAACCCCUCAUACUCAUCAUAUUCCUCAAGUGACAGCUAUACAUCAACAAAGUCUGAAACAGGUUUGUAUAAUUCUGCGAUUGAACUUUGCAUUUGUUUGACUGGAAAGCAUUUAAUGUUGCUCCUCCUUCUGUACACCGUCUAAACAGGUAAAAGCAACUUAUACAUGUAUCAAGAGUGUCUGAUUUUUUUAUCUGCUCUCCAUUGUAGGGUUUGUUGGUCUUGUCAACCAGGCAAUGACAUGCUAUCUUAACAGUCUUCUUCAGACACUUUUCAUGACUCCAGAGUUCAGGAAUGCAAUAUACAGGUUGGUUCUUUUCUGCAAAACAGUGUUGAGAGUAUUCAAGCCCGGGACCAUCAACAAAUGUAAAUGAGUGAGUAAGACUCACAGUGCUGCUUUUAAGCACUUAGCAUGUUGCUGGUGCCUAUUUGUAAAUCUGGGUGAAGAAAGAUAAAAUGAAAUAAUGUUUCUUGUUUAAGGAAGCAACAUAAUACAUAUAAGUACAAGGUUUAAACUCCCAACCUACAGAGCGUAAGUUUGACCUGCCAACUGCUCAGCCACCAAGGCACAUUUUUCACUUUUAUUUUUCAAUUUUAUAUAUUUUUCCAAUACAUUUUUCUCGUUUGCUGUUCAUGUUUACCAUUAGUUUUAAGGAUAUAACUUUGGUGUUUUAGGCUGAGUAAACUAAGAUUAUUUUGUUUGGCUCCCCAUUCUUAUAAUAUUCAAAACAAUAUUGCAAACACAAUAACUGAAUAAACCACAUUAAUUUCAACAACAUAGGAAAUUUGUGUAAAUAGUAGGAACAAGUACACAGAAUAUAAGUGACUCAAAUUAAAGACACAAAAAUGAUAACAAAGAAAAGUUAAAGUAAGAAAUUAGGGGAACAUCGCAUGAGUCUAUAAUAAUUGUUGUGGGCUCCUCUUGUUGCCAGCAAUCCUAAUCUCCAGGGCUGAGUUGCUCGAAGCAUGGUUAGCUUUAACCAUUGGUUAAGCAGUAUCAAAACCAAUACGUUGUCAAGGUAUUAAACGCUGGUUAACGCUAACCAUGCUUCGAGCAACUGGGCCCAGGUUGUUAUUAUGCAUGCAUCGCAUGUAUGUAGCCAGCAUUUGUUUGGACUUCCACCAAGAAAAGAUGGAAUACACAAAAUGCAAUUUGAUCACAUGCGUUUCCACCUUCUACUCUGCGUAAUCUGAUCCAUGCGUGUUUUGACCACUCUGUUAACUGAAACAUUGGCAGAGCAUAGCGUUGGAGCAAAUGACCGUUUGGACCUGUGAUUGUUGUCGCCCGCACUUCCUAACCUUUGGUUAUUAAUAGUAAUAAUAAUAUUUCUAGACAAGUUAGACAACCUGUGCACCUAAACUAAACUACAUGUAUUACAAUCACAACAUAUCUCUAAUAUUAUACAUAAUUUUUUGCAGGCUACGUCAACUUUAUGCUUGGUUAUUGUAAUAUAAUAAUAAAUUAUUAUUAUUAUUAUACAAUAACCAAGCAUAAAUGACAUCUCAAGAAUGAACUGUUUUUGAGAAUAUUAUUAAGUAUUACUGCAAAAUUAUGCAUAGGUGGGAAUUUAAUGGCAGUGAAGAUGAAGGAGCUAAAAGCAUCCCCUAUCAGCUUCAGAAACUUUUCCUUCAUUUACAGGUAUUUUAACAUUUAACGUUACAAAGCUUGUGACUGUAGUGGGACAUUUGUGCACCUAGUGUGUGCCAGAGGUGUGAGAUUUUACUAGCAUGAGUCCAGAUGAUCCAACAUUGUGCACAGUAGUUCCAGAAAAUGUCCAUAUCUCCCCACAGAAAGGAUUUUUCUUCCCACCCCCUUCUUGAAGUCCCAAAUUUCGAGCCUCAUACUGUAAAUUUCAUUUAGUAAUUAAUUUAUGGUAGUUUGAGAUGGUCCAUGCUGAAGUGUUUGGGAACACCUCUCAUUGUAUAACUAGAAAAUGAAGCUAAAUUGUUGAUACUAUAUUAUGGCCGUAGUUGCUAGUAAAGUUGUACCCAAGGUAGUGUGAAUAAUUGUUGUAGACAUAAAAAAUAUCAUGUGGUUGAUCUGUGAACUAGCUCAAAUGUACAAUCUGUGAUUGCAAAAUAAAAUAUUGCAUAUAUAUUAAAUGUUUCUCUUUCUCAAAAAUAUUUUCAGACAAGUUCUAAGAGGGCUGUGGAGACAACUGAUGUGACGAAAAGCUUUGGAUGGGACAGUAGUGAAGGUAAAGAAUAAUUGACCAUUAUUAUUGUUAUUAUUAUUAUUAUUGUUAUUAUUAUUAUUAUAAUCAUAACUAUAACAAAAUUCUCAAAUCUGAUUGGCUAUCAACUGCCCUGAUUUCAGCCUUAAUUGGACAGUUUUAUAGGACAGUGCGCGUCAUACCUAAGUAAUUGGACAGUACGCGCCAUCACGCGCGCGCUUAAAUGGCUUUUUUUUCACUGCUAGCAAAACAAAAUUUCAAAUUUCUUGUGUUUUGAUUUAAAAAUAGCCUAUUAUAUCACUAAUUUUGUUAAAGUUAUGAUUAAUUGGUAACAGAACUUCGUGUCGUCCAAUUCGGUCUGUAAUCAUACUCGUGAUUAAACAAAUCGGACUCCCGCUACACGGUCAUCCGAUUUUGUUAAUCACUCGUAUGAUUACAGACCGAAUUGGACUCCACUCAGUCCUGUUACCAUUACUUAUUAUUACUAUUAUCAUCAUUAAUAUUAUUAUAAAAAAGCAAGGAAAUAAAACUUGAUCCGUAGGGGGACCAUAGUUACUUGUAUACAUGUACAUCAAUUUUUAGCUUCCAUGAAAUUUAAGCGAGUUUGGAUUUUGUUUUAUGAAUGACAUAUUAAUUUUCUAUAGUGCUGUUUGUCUAUGAGAAUCUUUUGAACAAGGUCUUACACCCUUUCAGUGUUGUAUUCAGCUACAUUAAUGAAUGAAAUGGGUUGAGUUAACUUCCGUGACCACCUAAAAUAAGAAUCACAAUGUGAUUUUAUCUUCAACUUGUAAAAAUACCAAAAAAUGAAACAGUGGCAAAGAAACAUUCUUUGCAUAGUCACACUAUAGGAUUUUAUCAACAGACUCCCAAAGUAUUGUACCUCAUGUUCCCAACUGACUCUUAAUGUUUCAUGGUUAAAUGCAUUGGGGUUUUCAAUAACUUUUUCCAUAAACCACUGCCAAUGUUUGAAUAGGUGGCUAAAAGACACCACAGUAAUCUUAUAAGAUUAGUAAGAUCUUGACACAAACAGCAGAAAGAGGCCCUAUAUAUAGGCAGUGGUAGACCAGGGACCAGUGACUGUCUUUGCUUGAAUCCCCUCUAAGUUGAGAUGUGCUUAUUUUCAGCUUGGCAGCAACAUGAUGUACAAGAGUUGUGUAGAGUCAUGUUUGAUGCAUUGGAAAGCAAGUUCAAAAACACCGAUCAGGUCUGUUGUCCGUAGAACUUGUCCAACUCAUGAUAUGACCUUACAUGUAGUUCAAAGAGUGUUAGGCUGACUCAGCCUACAGCUUAUUACAUCUCUCUCUGAUGUGCUUUUCUUUUCUGUUUACAUGGUUUAAGUUUUGUGUAAAUUGUUUCAAAAUUUGUACAAAAAAUUAUGAUACAUUACAAAUUAAUUAUAGCAAUUAUUAUACAAUGUAGCAGUAUGAGCAGAGGAAAAUUUUUCUUAAGGAUAAUUGGCAAGUAAACUUAAUAACACCCACUUUUGGAAUAAGAAAAAAUCGACAAACCAGGGCUCCGUAUUAGCGGCUGUCAGGUUGUCCAAGACCACCAGGACAUCAUUCAGACAAGUACUACAGCACACAAACUAUUGAGCAGUCAAUCAAAAUGCAUAAAAAGUCCUCAUAUCCCCUGAAUAUAGGACUUCGAAAAAAAUACUAAUCAUGGAUCCCUGAACAAAGAUCACAGUGCCUUUGUUAAAAAAAUUGAUGUAACUGCGAAAAGUCCACAUCUUGCAGUUUAUGAAGUAUUAAUUUGUAUUAUCACGGAUUAAAUUAAACUUUUUGCUUUUCCUCUAGGAUGAUCUUAUUAACAAACUUUAUCAAGGAAAACUCAAAGACUAUGUUAAAUGUCAACAGGUAAGAUUGAUAAAAACUGCCAUUACCACUUUUCCACUCCAAACCAUGUAGAAAAAUAUGUAGAAAAAGCUGCUUAGAGUCAAUUCUUUUUAUGGCCGCCAUACAGCCAAAAUGGAGAAAAGUGUCCAAAACAUUGUUUUACUGACUGAUGUCCUUAAGUACGGAAUACCUUUACAUGUAAAUUCAUUAAACGACGCACAAGGCAAAGUAAAUUUUUUGGACAAGAAAUUGACAGAUUUGUUCUAUUUUAUUUUAUCGUGUUUUAACUGGGUUUUACUCGGCUUUAUUUUUUUAAUGGUAAGUAGAUGUGCCAGGCUGUCACCAAGAUUUCAGGUUGCACACCAGUGUAGGCAAUUAGUAGAUAGGGAAUUAAAUAAACAACUGUGAAGUUCCUUUGGUUUUAUAUUCCUUUUGUUUCUAUGAAAAUAGCCAGGGGUGGCGCUCAUAGUUGCCCGGGGGACAUUCACGGCUUUUGCAGGCCCUUAGUGACAACCCUGGAUGUGGGUAUUGGGGCAAGAUAAUUGUUCAGAUUUUCAGUGAGUUAUGAACACACACAUCUAUGCAUUAACAGUAACCUUCUUUGUCUGACACAAAUCUUAACAAUGAUUAUAUUUAUUUUGCUGAGUAAAAUGAUUAUUUGAAGGCCUGGGGCCUGUUUCUCGAAAGUCCCGGUAACUUUUCAGGCCCAGAAAGCUGCUUUGUGUUUGCCGCGGUUACAUUGAAGUCAAAUUUUCAAUAAUUUUGAAGAAAAUGAAACGAAACUAUCAGUCAACGAAGCAAAAUGGACUGGUUUAUGGGCUAGGGAUGGUGCUACUAUUCAAUUGGUUUGGAUUUUAAAAUUUGCCUUCGGGCCCAAAAAGUUUCCGGGCCUUUCAAGAAACUGGCCCCUGAGCUUUAACUAAAAAUGUAAAAAGCAUAUUAAAGUUUGCUUUUAACAUAAAAUUUGAGGCGUAAUAUUAAUUGGCUCCUUCUAUAUUUUUGAUUGAUUCCCUAGUGUAGUCAUGAAAGUGCACGGACUGACGCAUAUCUAGAUAUUCCACUGGCAAUCAGGCCUUUUGGAUCUAAGCAAGGCUUAGGCAGUGUGGUAAGUCUAGGACUGCCAUUGUGAGUAAUUUUCUGGGACAAGGUUAAGUUUGUAGCUCACUGCUUAUGUUUUAAAUGCUCUGGGAAUUUAUUUAAUAAGUAGUGGUUGUUGAGGAAACAGCCUCUAAGUUUAAACCAGUGACAAGGCAAUAACUUAAAAAUUUUACUAUUUCUGAUGAAGACUAUUUAUUGAAUUCCCAUACAAAUCCUUUAUAUUCACAGCCAUUUUAAGGAUUAUGCAAUGUGAAACCACAUGUAUUAAUGAUGCAGUUUAAUUUUGUAAUUACUUUGUAGUGUGAUACAUUAAGUAAAUUAAGUAAAGUGAUGUCAACAGCUUGUUUUUAAAAUGUUAAAAUUUAAUUCCUCAGGAAACUGCUUUGGAAGAAUUUGUUGUUGCUGAAACCCUGGAAGGUGCAAAUCAGGUGCAAGAUAUCAUACAAUAAAUUAUGCUCCUUGGCUUUUGUGAUUCCCUGUAAAAUUUUAGAGUUUAUGCGUAGUUAACCGUAUAGUAUAAUUAAUACUUAGCUAUUACAACAUAAUUAGAGUGAUUUUUUUUCUGUUUUUCAUAUCUUCAGUAUUUCUGUGAGAAGUGCAACAAAAAGUGUGAUGCCCACAAGGCAAGUACUGAAUUAAUAUUGUUAAUUCUGUUUAAUAUCAUUGGCUUUAACCCUUUUAAGCCCCAAUAUGCACAUACAAAUUCUCCAAACUGAUCUCUAUACAUUUCCAUAAGGAAUAAGUUGAGAGAAUUUGGUAGAAGAUCAAAGCAUUUUCUCUUCUAAGGUGAUUAUUUCAUUAACUCUCACAACCUUUUCUCUUGAUUUGUGUAUUGAUAUUCUUAGGAGAAAAUUGAUGUUUGUCACUUUUGCGACUUAAAGGGUUAACUGUGUACAGUAUACAGUCUCUUGCUAAGACGGACACCUUAGAGAACGGCACUAAGUUUCCCUCUUAGAGAGAUGCCAGUGAAAUAAAUGAAGAAAGGCAUGGACCAACUAUGGGUGCCCAAAUUUCCGAAUGAGGUGUCCAUCUUUAAGAGGUGUUUGUUAAGAGAGAGUCAACUCUACUCAUGACCAUGACUGUUAAAUUAUUGCUUAGAAAUUAACACCACCAUUUUUAAAUCACAGGGUUUAAAGUUCAUCUCUUUCCCUUACCUGCUUACUUUACAACUGAAGAGGUUUGCAUUUGACUACAACACACUUCACAGAGUCAAGCUAAAUGACAGGUCAGUUAAAGGGCUGACUGCAGCAUGGCCUAAUGGAAACAGUGGUUGUUUACCUUUAACAAAACUUUUCCAUAAAAUCCAAUGUGAAAGUGAAUGGAACAUGACGUUUUGGUUUGUUCCAGCGGAACAUUCUUAGGCAUAAUGUAACAGCCUGAACAUCUGAAAAGGUAGUUCUGUUUUUUCUGGGUAGAAUGUUCCAAAGAGAAAUUUGUGUUCCAUUUGUGAAGUCGCAUCUUGAUACCAGUAUCAGGCCUUCACAGUCAUUUUUUGGUAAAGGGAACUGAUUUGUAGAAAUGGUAAACGUGAUUCCGUGACAAAAUUUGCCAGUCUGAAAUUUUGCCUACCAUUUGCCCAAACUGUGAACCAACUGGUUUGUGCAGUAAACAACCUGUGUGUCCUACUCCAAGUAGUCAGUGUCUCUUUUGCUUUGACCACUCGCUGGAUUAAUAAUUUCCUAGUACUUGAGUUUACUUCUUUUGAGUCAUACUGUUAAUAGCAAACUACAGCAUAGUUUACUUUCUGAUUGUGGUAUGCUUCUUUUUUUUAUGACUGAUGUGCCUGUAAACAACUAGCCACAAACAAAACAUAUUUUCUGCUGCAUUACUACCUCAACUACAAACUCUCAGUUAUGUCUCCCAUUACAUAUUUAAAAAAGCUACCCUUAAGAACCCCCUAUUUCUCCAAGACAUGUUGUGACCUAGGUAUUUGAUCACAGUGAAAAUACAUGUGGUGAACAUUGUAAGGGGAUUCCAAAAAGGCUCAUAAUGUCAAGCCCUUGUAAGGAACAAAUUGCAAUUUCAAACUUAAAGUGACUGAAUUUAACAUAUUUAACUGCAAUUGGCGGUGGGAUCGCCUGAAGGCAAACAUUUCAAAAAUGUUUCUAAUUUAUUACCUGCCACUACCCAAACUAUUGUAAUUUUUGUGGUCAAAUUGAAAAUGCAUGUAGUGAACAUUGUACGGGGUUUCCUAAAAGGCUUAUAAUGUCAAGCGCUUGAAGGAAGAAAUUGCAAUUUCAAACUGAAAAUGACUGAAUUUAACAUUUUUAUUGGGAGAAGAAAUAGAUAAAUUUAUAAAUACAUUUUUCUAAUCCUAUCAGUUUAAAAAUAUUAACUUUUUAAACUGACAGGAUUGAUUUCUGUCCCUGUAAUAACAUUUUCUGUGCCUUUCGUUGCGUCAAUAGGAUGACAUUUCCAAAAUACCUCAACUUAAGAAGUUUCAUCAGUGAGGAGAAUGAAGAGGUAUAGAAUCGUUUAUUCUUUAUUCCGGCCCUUAAGAUUUUGUGGUCUAAUGCACAUGCAAACAUGAUGUUAUUUGCCACUUUAGAAAUGAAGAGGGCACCUGGGCCAAGUGAAAUUUGCAAAGACUUCUGGGACUGUUACUGGUGCAGGGGCGGAUCCAGAGGGAGGGUGCAGGCGGUGCACCCCGAGAUGACCUGCGGUUUUCUAAUACAACUGGUAUUCUGGAAAAAAACUAUGUGGUUUAUUGGUGUUGAAGUAGAGCAAGAGACGAGUGCACCCCCUCCUGAAAAAAAUCCUGGAUCCGCCCCUGUGGCGACAGGGAAAAAAACUGGCCAAUAGCUGACUGGCGCAUCCCCAGAAAUGAUCCCAGAAGUCUUUACAAAAGCUAACUCAGUCCAGUUUCCUUCUCUUAACCCUUCAAGUCCCAAGAUGGACCAACAUUAAUUUCCUCCCAACAAUAUUUAUGGACAAUCAAGAAGAAGCUUAUGAGAAUUAAUAAAAUGAUCACCAAAGAGAAAGUGCUGUGAUCUUUUGUCAAAUUCUUUCAACUCAUUCUUAAAGGAAAUGUAUGGAGAUCAGUCUGGAGAAUUUGUAUGUGGAUAUUGAGGCUUAAAGGGUUAAUACAGUGGUAAAUAGUGGCUAUAGAGCAGCCCACUACAUCCACUGCAUUAUCAAUGAUUAGCUCCACCGCCUCCCAGACAAACCAAGCUUAUAUUAAACUUUCAUACCCAUCAUUAUGAACACCAGAGAUGCAAAAAUACUUAAAUAGUUUUUAUUCGUAUUUUUUUGUUUGAGUAAGAAUGGUGCAGACGAAGAUACCAGCCUGAAGGGGGAUUCCCCCAGCAGUACAGAGACAGACAGUGGGGUGAGUGAAGGUUGCUCUGAUAAUGGCAUGUCCACUGAAGAAGAAGAUGUUGACAAUGCAAGUGGAGGAAUUGACUCAGCGGAUGGGACUUCAGAAACGACAGAAGUGGAACUAACUGAAGACUUGCUUAACAGUGGUCUGGCUCACACUAUGAAGGUUUGUAUUUUGAUUCUGAUCCAUUAAUUGCUGUUACAGCAAAUGGCACUUUUCAACAACAACUAACCAUUUAUUUUCCAAUUUAAGAAAGUUCGCAAGGAUGUAAUAAGUAAACUAGAUCAGGCAAAUGUAUAGAGACCAGUUUGGAGAAUUUGUAUGUGAAUAUGGAGGCUUAAAGGGUUAAGAAACUUGCAGGCUUCUGCCUUCAUCUCAGAAGCUUCUGAAGGAGUUGAAAUGAAUUGUAAGUUCGAUGUCCUCUGUAGAUGGACUGGAGGUCAUGGUUCUGCCCCUUUUGUGGCUGUAGCUUAGCAGAGUAUUCUGAGGCCCCAGAUCUGUCAGAAUUAAUUCUGAAGUGAAAAUUCAAGUGCUAGAAAUAUUCCAUAAGUCCUGUCAAGCAUUAUCCUUAGUGAAGGCCGCAAUUAGAUGAGGCAAAAGAAUACAUCCCUCACUUUGUGGGAAUCAAAUUCCUGGCCUCCGAAUAAGAUCUACUGUUGCUCUGCCAACAGUGUCAGGCAGGAGGAAUUAAUAUUUGUGAGUGGGAUUGAGAUGGUGAUAGAUGUCUUUCCAGUAUUAUAAUCAUGGUCUUUAAGUCUUGUCACAUUGUUGGUUUUUCUUUUCCAGCAUUGGUCACAAUAAAAAAAUGUUGGUUUUUUCUAGUCCUGCACCGGUAUCACAGAGUUGAGGGUUUGAAUCCCAGCAAGCAUGAAUUUUCAGGCUUUCUUUGCACAAGUUCAUAAUUUGCAUCUUUUUCUGUGAUGAUCUCCUUUAUACUUAUUUCUUCAUUCCAUGAUUCUAUUAAUACCUUAUUAUGGGAAAUUAACGAUGCACUUUAUUAACGCGAUUUUAAAAAAAUCAUGUUAAUUUAACACAUCUUAAUUUACGUCGAUGUUAAUUUAAAUCACACUGUUUUAGAUCAUUGUUUUACAGCACCUUUAUUUCAAUAACAAAACCUCAUCUGCUCAUAGUUCUCUAUCAACGCCUCGGAGUCACUGACAGUUCUUCUUUAAGAUUAUUGAGUUCAAAAUGUCUUUCGACUGGUCUUCGUAUUGAUCUGUUUCUCCCAGGGGAUACCUAACUUCUUCAGUCUUUCUUCUUGAAAUGUCCAUUUACAUUUAUGUUUUUUCCUUUAGAUAUAUGUACGUUGAGAAGUUUGUAUUACAGCAAAUUUGCGUAAAAUAAAGUUUGGCGCACAUUGUAUUUGAAAAUUCCUCGUUAAUUUGAUGUAUGUACACGUAACUGUUGGAAAAUUUGCAUUAAUUUUGUGUAACAUAAAUUUUCUUCACUUUGUCUAUGUGCAUCGUUAAUUUUCUAUAAUAAGGUAUAUGAAAUUCAAGUAUUCAUCAGUAGUCAUUCCUCUCAAUUAAAGUUGCACAGUGCCAUUGUUGUACCUUUAAACUUUUGAAUUUUGACUUAUCAGGGUCCCUACUGGUAUGAAUUGUUCUCUAUUAUGAUCCACUCUGGGAGUGCCACAGGAGGACACUACUAUGCUUAUAUCAAGUAAGACUUACAAAUUAUUGUUUCAUAAACUAAACAGCAAUUUACAAAAUAAAGGGGACCUAGACUAAUCUAACUCCCCUUUCUUGAAAAAUAAAAAAGAACAGCAGCCUAUCUUAGCCUACAAGUAGGGUUUUUGUGCCCUUUGGAAUAUUAAUUUAGUCUAAUUAUUAUUUUUGUAUGUAAAGUCACAGCAUUUCGGCAUCCUCAUUGUUACCCUCAGAAUUGAUUUCAUGUAGAUUUGGGUUUAUUUUUCUAUUCAUACAUGUAGGUCCUUUACAAAUGGGCAGUGGUACUGCUUCAAUGACCAGAGUGUAUCAAGGGUAAGUUUGGUUUUCAGUUUGGCUUUUUACUGUCAAAUCGUUACCUUUUUUCUCUAAAAUCGACUAUUGAAUUCAUGUUGCACCAGGCAGGGUGCAAAGAAGAUCAUUUUUACAGCUUGCCAUUUGGGCAAGCUGGAGCGAGCUAGCAUUAAUUUUACUAGCCCAUACGUCAUUUCAACUAGCCCCAAAAACUUUUUGACUAGCAGAAUUGAUUUCACAGUUCUUCUGUUAUUCAAAUUUCUCAAAAACAUCACUUGCUUGUCGGGCAAGUUAAAAACAGAAUUCACUAGCCCGAUAGUAAAAUCCACCAGCCCCGGGCUAUCGGACACUACUUUCUUUGCACACUUACCAGGGCAAAACCCGCAAUUAUUAACGGCGCUUUGCCACCGAUGGAUCAAAGGACUGGUUUCUGAAGACAAGAGAAGAAGGAGUAGGAUCAGCCCCCACAACAAGAAAACUUUCAGCUUGUCACCCUGUUGCUGUAGUUCUUAACCCUGCCUAGCAGAGCUUGAGUGGCACAUUGAGUUUAGCAAGGGUCUGCAAGACACUUCUAGUUUAAGCUAGUCUUUCAGCGAAGGAUAUUAAUAUCAGUGUACCAAUGGGAUAUCUUUUUUUUUUGGAACCCUCCAUUACAAAUUUCACGAAUGCACUCUGUCAAACUAGCAUUUUUUUGGUGCAGCAAUUAAACCCUAAGUUUCACCUGAAGGAACUCCAAAGACCUUUGACCCUCUUUAACAAUAAACAACAAUGACUACAGAAUGAUUGAGUGUCAAAGUCCCACAUAACAGAAAUAAUAUUGGAAAAUGAAAAACCCAAAAGAGCAUCUGUGUGGGAGACUAUACAUUAAAUAAGGAAUUAUGUGUUGUCUUACAUCUACCAGGUUUAUGAUGAUGACAUUGAACGUAUCUAUGGUGGACUGGAAUCUUCAAAAUAUUAUUAUUCAUCAGCUUAUUCAAGGUGCUUAAUUAAUAACAAAAAAUUUCUAUCCAGCAGUAAUUUCUUGAUUUUUUUUUUGUUCAUACAUUUAGCAAGUAAGAGGUUUAUAUUAAGUAUAAAUUUGGUGUCAAGUAGCUCCUUCUUAAGUGUUUACUCACUUUAAUUAUUCAUUAAAGUAAAAACUGUUUGCACAUAUGAAGUGUUUAUUUACAGUUCAGUGGAACAUCUCCUCCAACGUUAGAGGACAGGUAGCGAGGGUGAAUUAGAAAGAACUGUGAAUGAUAUUAACCCCCCAAAUCAAAUUUUUCUCACUAAGCCAAAUAACAGCCACGGCUAGAACUUAAGAUCCAAACCAGGUUCAGUAGCAAUACCAAAGUCAGGAACGCGAAGACAUACUAAUUCAUUUAUAGCAAGAGCUGCAAGACUCCUUUUAUGAUCUGUAUAUUUUUACUUACUUUUUUUAUAUUUAGAAUAGUCACCCAAGAGCAUUUCAUAGUAUAUGUUUUUUCACUUUAAUUAUGUAAAUCCAUGGUAUAUAUAUUUUUUUAAGAUGGAUAAUUAAAGCUUAUUAUUAUUAUUAUUAUUAUUAUUAUUAUUAUAUUAUUAGAUAUACUGGAUUUUAUAACCAAUAUUGUGUUAUGCAAUCAUGCUGUUAACAAUAAUUUAUCCAGUGUUUCUUUGUGUAACGUUAUUAAUAUUCACAUUUUCGGACCUGAGAUUAUGCAGUCUGGUUCCGCAGCCCUUUCAAGUUCUGGCCCCGGUUGUUCAAACGCUGGAUAGCGCUAUCCACCAGAUAAAUAAUUAUCCAGCAGAUAAGUAUUACAGAAAUCGAUUACGCUAUCCGCUGGAUAGAGAUUUAUCCGGUGGAUUGCGGUAUCCAACGUUUGAACAACAGGGGCCUGAUAAUAUAAUUAUGUUCAGUAAUGCAUUUGGAUAACAUCUACUAAUGUUUCUCUCUAAUAAUCAUUGCAGUUCUACCAAUGCCUACAUGCUGAUGUACAGGCAGGUUGCUCCAGAAAGAAAUGCUAAAUUCCUGGAGCAACACGACAUGCCUGCACACAUAAUAGAGUUAGUUCACAAUUUGAGGCAUUUGGAAGAAGUGGAAAGAAAGAGAAGAGAAAUGGAAAGGUCCAUGUGCAAGGUACAGCUAGAUAAGAUGUUGCAUGAUUCUCAGGGUUGUCACUAAGACCUGAUGCCCUCUGGCAUUCCACAGAAAAUUCUCUUGGGAAUCUUCCUCUUUUAAGCCUUGAUUAUCAAUGUUGAAUGCCAAAAAAGGCCACAUAAUUAUUUCCCUUUUCAGGGAGAAAGAAUCCUUGAGUUAUUUAUAAAGAGCUAUGUCUUUGACACUUACCCCUCAGUUAUUGUCUGAUACAUACACCUGAGUCUGCUCUUCCUGUGUUCAAUUGUUUGCCCGACAAUAAUUCACCUCUUUGGAAACAAGAAGAGAACUGGAGCUCAAAUGUGUCCUGCAGUGGUUUCAGGGAUCAUUACUGGGGAUGUGCCAGUCAGCUAUUGGCCAGUUUUUUUUUCCCUGUCCCUAGUGACAGUCCCAGAAUUCUUUGCAGCAUGCAAAGAAAGUUGUGUCUGAUAGCCCAGGGCUAGUGGAUUUUGCAAUCGGGCUAGUGAAUCCUGUUCUUAAACCCUUUCACUUCCCUAGUACUUGACGAAGUUUUGUAAGGUGACUCUAACUUUUUGAGUCUGUGGAUGAAAUCCUAUGAUGUGACCAUUCAAAUGAGAGCUCUUUGCAUGUGCUUUCACAUGAUGCUAUUUGUUUGUCAAAAUUUUAGAAAAUGAAAUUUGAUGAUGGUUUUAUUAUCUGAUCUGCUUGCUUUUUUUUAUUCCUUCAGAUAAAGAUUUUUUGUGAACAUCCAAUCAGGAGGACAAUGUCAGAACAAAGAUUAGAAAUUCAUAAGGAUUGCACACUGAAUGAGGCGGUAGCCAUUGCACAUAAGGUGAGAGAGAGUUACCAUUGUACAGUACCACUCUCCCUGACAGAUGCCUCUCUAAGAUAGACACCUCCCUUGAACUUAACACCUAGCAGUUUGUCAGUUGUUCUAAAUUAGUGAAUUUCCUCUUAGUGAAGAACCCCUCCCAAAAAGGACUCCUGAAGUUAGAAGGCAGGAACAUGUAUUUUCACCAUACAUGUAUUUUCAUGGUGUUUUAAUAUUUUAACAAAAUUUUAUACUAGAGGAACUUGCAGUGCUUAACCUUAAAAUUUUUGCACUUCUUAUACUUGAAGUUGAAUUUAAAGUGGUCAGCAGCAUAUUAAUAAUGUACAGAAUCAGGGCUGUGUUUGGGCUUCCAAUGACCCCUGGAGCCCUACUUUUGCACUUGGGUGACUACAAAAUCUUAGCCUUAUCAUACAAAUCAUACGCUGAGCAUCCUAGAUUUUACAGGUUCAGAGCACUGGGUUCCCUUCAAUUUACCUUAGAGCACAGCCUUGAGAGUAUGAAAAUAUAACCCUCUCAGCAGAACUGCAAAUCAAGGUCACAUUUUUCCCUUCUCAAGACAGAAUGUUAGAACAUGUGUUCUUUGUUGUAUUCUAGCCAUAGAUAAAGAAAUGCAAGUAUAUUCAGUACAAGUUGUUCUAAAGGUUUGUUGCAGUGGAUUCAAAGUGGUUUUUUAAUAAUGUCAGUGAACUGUUAUUUUUCUAUGACUAGCUUUUCCUUCUGGGCAAGAUACUUCCUGUUGAACAGUGCAGAAUUGUGAAGUAUGAUGAAUACUAUGACUACAUUGAAAGGUCAUUUGAUGGAGAAGAGGUGAGUGUCAGAGUUGAUUUCUUCUGACCUUUAAGAUAGGGGCAAGGACCCUUGUAAUGUAGCUAUUAUCAGACCAUAAGAGUUUGGUCUUACCAAUGAGGUGGCCAUCAUAAGUGGUGGAUUUGAGUGGCCAUGGUUAUAAGGCGGAGUCCCUAAUUUCCGCCCAUUAGUAUCUUUGUCCACGGUACCACUUUGUCAUGUAACUGGUACAAUUGAAGAGAUCUUUCAAACCAUCCACGAUUCCGUCACAACAGGUUGGAGAAAUAUGCAAAAAAAGAACAUGUUAAGUAAAUUGACCUGAAAAAUCCAAUGAAAAACCACUUCCUUCAUGCACUCUUAGAAUCCUUAAAAGUUUUUCCAAAAACCUGUCACACCAGAAUGUAAAAUAACAAAACCGUGCAAGAAAAGUGUAACAAGCAGUGAAGAAAGAAAGCAAAGGUAAUUGACAAGGCAGCCAUGUCUUGUUUAAACCCAAAAGUCAAACUUUAUUUUUUGUGGAUGCCCAAACUAGGCCUUUUUCAGCAAAAGUUUUAGGACAAACGGGCCAAGAAUGUUUUCAAAAAAAUGAGUGAUUGUACCAAGAAAAUCAAUGCAUAUUUUAUCCAAAUUUUACGUGGAUUUUACUAGCUAAUUUUUUCCAGGCACUAGCAGUAUUGUCAUAAAUAUUGUUUUUGCCAAUUGCAGAAUGAUCCAAUGGGAAAGGUCCUCUGUGGAGUGAAGCAGUCCUACAUGUUUGACCUCCUCCUUGAAACAAGAAAGCCCCAUGAAAAAUUUUCUGUAUACAAACAUGGUGGUUAGUAACCUUUGUCAACUGGUGACUAUGUAAAACUAGCUGAUCUGACUGAGUCCUGGCUGUUACAAUUUUGUACUUAAUAUCUAUAUCUGUGUGAAAGAGUUCUUUUUUUUUUCCAAAACAUCUUCAGAUAAAUGUCUUAAGACCAUUUUCAGUGACGUCAGCUUAAAAUUUAAAUUUACUUUGGUGGAAAUUCUAUACCAAUGCUUGAAGACCACCUCUUGUAAAGUUUUGUGAGGAUGCAUACUACUUGUAGGGACUUCCUGAUGUCAGUUUUGUAGUUUUGAACUGUUUGUUUCCUCCCUCCAGCCUGUAACCUAAACAUAACCUUGGUAGGUUACCAAACAAGAGGCGGUCUUCCUGCUAAAAUUAAUUUGAACAUUUGGUUGAGGUCACUGAGGCUGGCUGACUGAGGUCUUUAUUUGUUAAUCUUACAAUCAAAUUAAGUUACCAAAUUUUGAAAAGGAUAAUAUUUUAUUUAUGGUUUAUAAUUACAGCUGUUUCAGAUAUCACGCGACCUGCAAUGUCAAAAAUGUCUUUGGGUGUUUCUGCCACGUCAAUCAAACUCAGAAGAAUCGGCGCUUUCUCGCCUUCACAUCUUAGUGGACCUCUUAGGAAACAAAAGGUCAUGGUUUGUGAUUUGUGAUUGGUGGAUUUGGAUCCGUUUUGUGUGUUUCUAGGUUCAUUGCUUUUGAACUUCAGAGUUUGGUCGUGUGUUUUUGAAAAGCAGAGUAAUUUAAAUUACCUUAGCUCUGAAUUUUUUUAAUCUUCUUUAUACUGAAACAUGGCAAGUUUAGACUUUUCCUAUAGAGCUUCCAAAUCCAGAAGAAACACAGAAAUGGGAGGGUGAAAGCAAAUCGGUAUGUUCCUGCCAACGUUCUGCUCAUUAUUGCUGCCUAUAUUAUUUGACAAACACCGUGGAUGCUACGGUAACAGUUUGAUUGACUUCACAGAAAAACCGAAAAUCCUGAAACGUUCUUGACAAUUCAGGUCAGCUGUAAGAAAACCAUAAUGGAAUAUUACGUAGUACUUGUAACCGCGUAUCCUACAACUGGCUGCUAUAACUGCAACAAAAGAUGUUUUCAGUCAGUUAUAUAGGCGACAUGGAAGUAAAUAAUUAAUUUUGAGUACUCCUAAUCAGAGUGGAACCUAUGACAUUCUGGUUACUCUGACUGCAAAGGAUGAACAUCGUAUGUCAACGUCAGUAAAUUGUCUCUUAUCUCUAUAGGAGUAACUGUCAAAGUUCAUGUUGUUGAUCUUGAAAAAGAAAAAGUUGCUCCACCCACUAAUGUACGACCACUGCUAAGCUGGACUGUGAAAGACCUCUACAGUCUCAUUCAUGAGGUAAUAAGGAACAGGCCUUUUUCAUGAUGAUGACACUUGACUACAACUACCAGAAUUCAUUUUGUUUUUGCUUUCUUACUGAAAUUUGUCAAUCCUGCUGAGGUUUAAACAACAAUAGCUCUAAUUUGCACAAGAAAACAACAAACUGAAGGAUUCUGUUUAUUGUAACUAAAAAUGAUGUCAUCGUUGCAUCAUUGUCACACAUUGUUGUAUUUUUUAGGGAUGUACUAGAGCCAUUGUUAGCGUUGAUCUUCAGCAAAAAGGUCAGAGUGGAAGAUAAAACUUAAAAUAAUGAAAAAUGCAUUUCUUUUUCCUUAGAAAUUUAGCCUUCCCUUAGAAACUAUGAGAGUAGUGUUUGAAGGAACAUACAGUGAACUUAAGUUGCUGAACAACCCCAGUAAAGUAUUAAAAGACCUUGGAUUCUUCAAAUCUAACAAGGUAAACUGUUGAACAAUAAUAUUAUUAUUAUUGUAUUAUUCAAUUGACAGAUGAAUAUAUUUUUUGUAUUACCGGUAAUCACUUCUGAUCAAAAGGUGAUUAUUUAUCUGGGCUGAGUUCCUGGAAUGCCGGUUUACACUAAUCCAGGGUUUUGUGUAACUGGGGCUCAUGAGGUAUUAUUCCACUUUUUUCUUCAAAAGCCUAGUUGUGUUAACCCAAAAUAACAGUUGUAAGCAAUCGUGCAGGAUUAAAUUUUAACCCUAGAUUAAAGCUUAUCACCUUUCAAGAAGCUGGAUUGUGGGCUAAUGUAUCACUUUAGGGACAACAAGGAUGGAAAUCAAUGCAUGGAUGUAUGGAAGAUAAUCUUAGAAAAUAAUUAUUGUAAUUUUUUAUUGCAUGAAGAUUUUUUAAACGUUAAAAUUUAGGGGUUUUGUUUGUUUGAGGUCAAGGAUGGUGGAGUGACAAAAGCACUGAAACCUGAGAAAACAGCCACCAUUUUGCGACACCACCACUGUGGUAUGAUGUUUGAGUUGGCGGAGAAUUUUAGUUUUCUGAAUUUGAGCUACCUGAGUAAAAAUGACUGAAAAGUGGGGUAAAAUCCAGGAGAAAUGGGACCUCGUUUGAGUCAUCCGAGAUAAUAUGUUUUUAAUGAUUUUAUUUGUACUCGUAGGUGUUUGUUGAGACAUCAUCACUGGAGGAAGGUCUCUCCUUUGAAAAGUCUCAGCUGUACAAAGUGUUGGAUGUUUAUCAGCACACCAUUCAGCUCUGUGUUUUUUUGCCUGAUCCUUCCAAGAAACCGUCAGGUUGGUUUACCACGAGUUUUUCUGACGGAACAAAAUUUUCCACCUUUUUUUUUGUAGUCUUAAAAGGAGCCUUAGGGGUCAGUAAACCAACUUUUCUCAAUGAACAAUAAUUAAUUUUUUAAUGAAUAGGCUAGUGGAAAACAAAAGAAGUAAAGAUUUUGCUCUAGUGAGUUGGUGGCUAUCAUGUUAUGAUGUAACCGUGAUAUGGUUAUUACCAGGGUUGUCAAAAGUAGCCAACUGCCUGCAAUAAUCGCGCCUACUUGGUUAGUAUCAGCCGGCUACUCUGCUUGGCAUUUCUCUACGGAUGGCGUUUUUUAAAUAAAAUAUCCCUGGACUGGCUGCUUACUUUGACAACUUAGCCAUCUACUUCAAAACUUUCUGACAACUCUGAUAACAUUUAUUUAUUUACAUUUAGAGAGUACAAGUAGAUAUAUAUGUGAGGCUGCUGCUGACGGUGACAAAAAUGAAAAGGGAAAAGGUAAUAUUCAUAAAACAGGUGUAUACCAGCUUUCUGGUUUUAUUAUUGAAAGUUUAGCCAAAUCUUUGCCUAGUGCCUCUCAUUUCCUAGAAAUGUGAGCUUGUUAACAGUUUUUUUUACAUGUAGUUAUUUGCAGGUUUGUUUGAAAAUAUGAAAAUAAGCUAACACUUUGAGGGUCAGCCUUUUGUCAGAUCAGUAAACUAAUUUGCUCAGACCAAGGGCUAAUGCUAAAAACAUCAGCUUUUCAAUCCUCUUACGUUUGUGGUAAACGGACCAUAUAUAUAUAUAUGUAUACCAGCUCACUGACACAGGCAAUUUUUUUUUUCAAAAUCAACCCAUUGAACCAAGCUCAAAUUGAAAGAAGUCACCUUUUGGUGCUGUAAAAUUAUAAAAUGGUCGCCAGAUGAGAUAAAAUAUAACAGUAAAUGACACUUUGUGCAAUGAUUAUUACAGUACUGAAAGGUUUAAAGAAUCAAUAUGGGCUGCCAAACUAUGCAGCUAAACCUUGUCGCUAAUGACAAUAAUUGUCAUGUUCCUCAACUUGACCUUUUUUAGUGGACUAAUAGUAAUCAAAUUAUUAUGCAAAUUAUUUUCUUAUAAUGUGUAGUUCUAUUGCUAUUAUUUAGAAAUGUAAGGAGACUACUGUAUGUGGAAUAAUUUGCAUGUCAAAAAAUUAUAUUAUAUGAGCUAAAAGGUUAGAUAACCUUAUGGAUACAUUCUUUGUUUAAUGGGACUUCUAUCUUUCUUUUCUUACCAUUAGAAAAACUUUUUUCUAUUGACAAGAGAAUCACACUUGAAAAACUGAAAGAAAUUCUACAAAAUGAUGUACAGUGCUCUCCUGAAUUUUUUAGGGUAAGUUGUUUGGUAAUUAAAAUUCCUUCUUGUGAAGCAAGUAGAGUAAAACCUUGCUCACUCAAACUCCAGUAAUAAUAUUUAGCAAUAAUUAAUGAAUGGGGCUGAGUAGGAUAUGAAGAAUUAAGAAGAUCGAGGAGGGUGUUUGUUAUUGGCUGAGGUGGAUAACACCCUCCAAGUUCAUUAAUUGCUUUAUUAAUUGCAUUAAUUGCAUUAAUUCCCUCCAAAUUCAUUAAUUGCUUUAUUAUUCAUUCAACUGAAAUAAUUCCUAGUUUAAAAACAUAGCUAAAACAUGCUUACCUGCAUCGAUGUUAAGUUCAUCUUCGAUAUUUGUCCAGCUCCACAAAUAUUCUCCAAAUAACAGAUGUCACCCUCCGAGUUGUCUUCUUGCUGUUUUAGCCAUGUUUUUAGCUAUUAUUUCGCCUAGUUCCAGCUGUAGUUCUUACUCUUCAAACGAGUGAAAUGUCUGCAACUGUUGAAAUGUUCACAACCAAAACAACUCAACCUUGUCCCCAGGUCUUCUCGUUAAUGGUGCCUUAACCUGUAGCGGGCUGCAUUUUUUACGUCAUCUUGUUGUGAAACACAAAAUUCUUCCAAAUUUGGUCAUCAGUAACUGGUUAUUGUGAAUUAUGCGUGUGCUUUUAGCCAAUCAGAAUUGGGAUAUAUUUUGAAUGAAUAAUAAUAUUACACUAUUCUCAGGUUUAUAGAGUUUACUCAAAUAACCAAGAAAUUGAAUACAGCCAUUUGUCAGAUUCUUUGACAAACUUUGCUGAUGACUCUAAGGUAUGUUCCCUGUUUCUUUAAUAUUGUGUGUACUGUACAUAUUUAUUUUUGAUGGGAUUUCAUUCAUUGAAUUCAAGAACUUGCCAAUGACAAUCUGUAAGAGCAUAAUUAUCAUACUAGUACUACUGUUGUUGUCAUUGUCGUUAUUAUUAUUAUUAUUAUUAUUAUUAUUAUUAUCAUUACUAUUAUUACUAUGGACAUUAUUUUCCAUUGUAGCUGCGAGUCAAAUAUGGCCGUGCUCUCAAGAAAGGGGAGCAUCAACUGAAAAUAUUUUUGCUGACUCCAGCUGAAAAGGAGGUAAGUUUAUUUUCAAACCUUAUUAAAUAAAAUAGGGUUGAAAUAAACUUUCUUAAAAGGCAGACAGUAUGCUCAGGAAAGAGUAACAUAAUUAUUAUUCCAUUGAUUUCUGGGCAUACUGUUUGCUUUGUAAGAAGCCUUGUUUCAACUCUAAUCAAAACUAAAUCUUUGUGGUGGAGUGGAGGAGAUCAUGGCCUGGCCUGGGGUAAUUUACUGACCCCCUUUAAAAUAUUUGAAAAAUUCAUGGUGUGAUGGCUACCAUUAUAAUCACUCAAGACCACGUUUUUUCUAUAGAGAAAAUUUUGAUGUAAUUAGUGGAAAACUUAGGAAACUGAGUUUUUGUAACUAUAAAGCAAAGUGAGUUCUUAUGUUAAACAAAACAAAUUAAAUUAACCGUGAACAUAAUUCCAACUUUGUGCAAAAUUAUUUAUUUAAAGAAUUAUGUUCAUGAUUAUGAAUGCAUGCCACUAUUGGAUCUGCUAUCUUGUGUUGAUUUUGUAUAGGGUUAAAUUGGUCACUGAUCUAUAGAGAAUGAAAUGUCUACCAGGAAAAUCAGGUGAUUGUCAUAAUAUUAUUAUUAAUAAUACUUAUUAUAUAAAGGACAUACAUGUUUCGUCUUUCAGCCUUUCAAAUACUUUUGUGACUGGAUAGCAAGUGACGGGAUGUCAGUAAAAACCUGCAAAGAACUUUUGCUACCAGAGAUCUGUAAAAGAUGUGGCAUUGAUGUACCAGUUGAAAAGUAUGUUUUAUUAGUUAUUAGUUUGUUUUAAAUGUGGAUUAGUGGGAAAAUAUACCUGUUCAAGAUAUUGACCAUCAAACCAACUGCACAUGAUACCAUCAAAUUUAUCUCAAUUUCUCGGCAUGGCUUGACGUAUGUCACUACUUGUCCUCUUUUUUCUUCUUAUGCAGUAUUAAAUAAUAUCUCGACUCAUUUUCCUGUUACAGUACCGUGAAACCUUGAUAUAGCAAACCUCUAUCUAUUUAACAAAGUCCUUGGUGUGACAAAUGUAUUCUUUGCCCCAGAAAUAGCAGAGUAGGGUAUGUGAAAAGGAACCUCAAUAUAACGAAACCUCUAUAGCAAACAUAUUUUGCCAGUCCCUUAGGCCUUUUUGAUAUUGAGGUUCCACUGUAACUUCAAUAGAUUGCUAGAGAAUUUAACAAACGUUUUAUUGUUAAUUUCCUAAUUUCCAUGGUGUUUGGUCCACUGUUAAGAAUUUCAUUCAUAAGAAAGUCUCAUUUAAUGUAAGUCUUUAUGAUUUAUGAAUUUUAGUCUCAGAAUGAGAAGAAAAAACUGGAAAAAUCCUGGAAGAGUCUAUGUUGACAGCCAAGUAUUUGAAGAAAAUAUCCAAGUAUAUGCAAGCUUUGAAGUGUUUCUGGAAAUACUAGAAGGUCUGUCAAUCUCUUUAUCAAGUUAUCAGAUCACUGUAAUCACUUGUAGUGUACUUCAUUUUGUCAAUUCAUGCUGGUAUUAGCACAAGGAUGUUUGCGUUUACAAUAUAAGCUUGAUAACUAUAAGGCAGCAGAUUCAGAAUCAUAUAAUUCCCCUAGGGUAGAGUAAUGUUGGCACCAAGGAAUAAAUCUAAUUUAUCAAUGGGAAAGAGCGGUUUCUUGAUGAGUGUAUUUCUUUGUUACUUAAUGUGCUUGUGGUGAUGCCUUUUUUUAACAUGUCCAUUCCUUACUGGGAAUAAUGGCAUAAGCAUAUUAAAACAACUAAGGAGAACAAAAGGUGUUCAUAUUCUUAUGCAGCUUCUGCAUAGGAAUCCUGCCUCCAAUUUCAGCAAGUCUCCAGAUACGUUGGCUGCAGUUUAGUGGCCACUGUUGAAGAAGCAAGAAUGAGACUGUUUCCCAGCUACUUCUUUGGGAACCAAAACAUGGCAGACACUCAAAGGGGGCACCCAACAACAACCAACAAUGUUUAUUGACCAACCUAGAAAGUGACACCAGUCUUUCGAGGCAGGAUCUUGCAUCUGUCAUGGCCAACAGACGGGAGUGGGACAGAUUUGUAAAAUCAGCGCGGGUGCACCCGAAAUAGAUAGACAUAUAGAUGCAGCUUCCCUUUUGCUUACAAUUUAUGUUUCAGCUUUCCUCGCUAGCAUGCAGUAGUGAAACCUGGGCUAUGAUGUGCAUAUUUACUGCCAGUUACUACAUUCUAACCAUCAGGUCCUGAAAGAAUGACCUCAGCAGAUCAACUGUCAUUGUAUGUUAGACAUUGGCAUCCUUCUACGUUAACAAUUGACCCUCCAAAAGAAGUUGUUCUGAAGGAGAGCUUGGUUGAACAUUUAAAGGAAGCGGUAACAAUACUCUUUAUUGGAUUAAUGAUUUAUUAAUAUAAACACUUUCUUUUAUUUUGUGACUAAUAAAAUCUUUACUUUUGUCAGAUGAGUACACUUAGUGGCAUUCCAGAGGAAAAUUUAGAGCUUUGCAAGGUAUGAACUAGGCAAAAACUUUUUCUUUGUUCCAUGAUCGUGUUGUGCUGAUUACCACAUCUUGUACAUUCAUUUACAGAGCUUAAAAUUCACCAUCUAGCUAUAUUAUGUAUGAUGUGUUGAGUCAAAAUUUGUGUUAAUUUUCAUUAAAUGAUACAAACUUGGGUCCAGGUCCCCAUAUAUGUAGUCAACGGAAAAAUUACUGUUGAUAUUAAAAAUAUUAUCACUGUUUGACUGCAGAAAGGAAGUCAGUGUUGCAAUAAACCUGGAGGUUUGAAUUCAGAUUUCCUCUGCAUCCAGUUAUAAUUCAUAGUCAUUCAGUUAUAGUACAUAGUCACUAGCUUCUGGUUUCCAGGGCCGUGGACAGUUCCCUUGUGAUGCACCAGUCCUUGAAAUUCAUGGAAAUGAUUUUGGUUGGACAGCUGACUUGACAUCUCUUGGGUCUAGUCCUUUAUUUAUCAAUGACGAUGGAGCAGUGGUAUUUUACAGGUGUGUAAAGAUUACCAACGUAACAGACUCGACCUGAAAUUGCUUUUGGGGGCACUUAUUGCAUUGUAGCAUUCAGUAACGUUGCCCAAAAGACAAACAAUUCAGAGUAGCUUUCCACUUGCUCCAGAAUUCUGAUGGCAUGCAGAGAGUACAAAAAUUAAUGUUUCCGUGCAUUCCUUUAAGAAUGUGGUUAAUCAACCUCACUGUGAAUAACCUGAACACUUUACUAAAGAUCUAAGGGAGGGGGCUCUGGAAAUGAAAAUCGUGAUCCUCCAAUUUUGAGGUUGCACAUUCAUUAGACCAUUUUCAUCCCCCCACAUUUUAAAAAUUUACCCAACUUCACGCUGUCAUUAUCAUUGUCAUCAUCAUUAUAGGUCCCGGGUGUUCCCAUUGGUGGAUUAGAGCACCAACAGAAACUGUAGCAGCCUUAGAGUGAUUUUCGUAUGACCUUGAAACGAAAACGAGCGAACAAAACAGAAACAACAAACGAACAGAAAUAGAGCGAUUUGAUUGGUUUAUCGAACAGAUACAAACGCGCGUGGCUUUUAGUUGGUUAAGCGAACGCUCAGGUGAAAAAACUUCAUGCCCGAGAACUUUCUAGAAAUCAAUCAAUACUUUACUUUCACGUCAUACUGCAACACGAUUGGCCAAUCGAGCAAAGGCAUCUCCAUAUUAGGGUUUUCUUUGGCGGGAAAACAAAGAGUCGAUGUUUUGAUCUUUUCAUCCAUUGGCUGAUAAAACAAAAAACGAACACUUACCAAAACCAUUUUUCAAGGUCAUACGAAAAUCGUUCUAUUAUUUGCCACAAUGAUAGAAAAGAGCGAAACGAUGAUGGAAAGUUACAAAUAAAACACCAGCCCAGUAUUUUGUGGUAGUCUGUUGUUUGGUGGCAACUUUCGCAUUUUUUUUCAGUUUCCUAUAAGCUCUGCUGUAAUUUUUUGUCCUUUUCCUGUGCAUAUGAGACAGGUGGAAAAACAAGACAUGGUUAUCGACUACUAUAAUCUACUAUGUGUUACUGGAAUCUAGAAUUUACCUCUCAUUUUUGCAGAGAUAAAACAGAAGAUCUAAUGGAAAUAUCAGAAGAAAAGAAACAGGAAAUCAUGAAAAAAGAAAAUGCCAAGUGAGUCUUCCUGUUUUAAAACAGUGUAGUUUGGUCAGUCUAAAGCUUGUGAUUUUUGCUAACUUUUUGAAGUUUCUUUCUGUGAUUCAUCCUUGGGUUGGGCCCCUAAAAGUUAAAUGGCAUCAUCUACCCAGCAAGACAGCAAUAUUUUAUGCUUAGUUUUUGUGAUCCAUCUCCAGGAGUUACUUUGUUGAUAAAGCAGUGCCCAGUCAUCAGCAAAAGUUAUUAAUAACAAUUUUCCCAAACAUAUUCUUCAAGGAAACUUUAAACAACAAUGCAAAUACAAUCAAUGCUGUCUAACAGAUGCUCCCAUAAGCAGAGUGCUGUCGGUCAACCGUAAAAAAAACACCUGUUUGAACUUCCAUACAAUAGACACUACAUUUUUGUAUUUCUGUGAGCAGACACAAAUUUAAUAUUAAGAGGAAAACUAUUUUUGGUUUUUAUUCUCCUGUGAAUGAAUAUUAUUGUAUAAUAAGACGAUGAAAGAAACAGGUAAACAACAAUAACGAUGGUCACACUGUAUUGUUCUUUUGUUAGUACAAUAUUUUAGUGUGAAUUUUCACAAGCUCCCAUAAGCUACCGCCCUUCUGUUAAUAAAUCCUAGAGAUGAGUAGGGCCAUUCCUGUUGGUCUCCACAGGAGCUGUGCUGUAGUAGCACCUGGUGGCCCCUGAUGACAGUAGGGUCAUUCCUGUUAGUCUCCACAGGGGCUGUGCUCUAGUGGCACCUGGUGGCCCCUUGAUGACAGUAGGGUCAUUCCUGUUAGUCUCCACAGGGCUGAGCUCUAGCAGCACCUGGUGACCCCUGGUGCCUUACUUUUGGUGCUUAAACAGUUUACACAUCUUAGUUUUUCGCUAAGCGCCCUGAAUUUCUCAGUUUCAGUUUCAGAGCACUGGCCUCCCUUCAGUUUUUCUUAGAGCACAGCCUUGGGCCAGCUCCAGCUAGAAACACAUAUUCUGUUUCUCAAGGGUGUCUGUUUUUAGUGGCUUGUGUUGCAAAUGUGUUCAAACCCCAACUAGUAACAUCUGCAAAGAGGUGCCAAGAUCCUUGUUCUGGGGCCCCAUCAGACUCAAUGAAUUACCAUACCUGAGAUUUGAAUUUCCCUUCAAUCUGAUUGGCAAAUCGACAAUGGCUUUUUUAACAGGCCAAUGAUGGCACAUUGUCAAGUCCUGGUACAAAGAUUGGGCCCAAAACAAGGAUUUCAGGGCUGGCUCAGAGACGGACUUAACCAGAGGAUUGGUUGCGCCUGUGACGCAGGCUAAUAUUUGGGAGUUUCAACUGAGUGUAUAAUAAUAUCAAUUUAAAAAUAAAAUAACUGGGGAAAAGGUCUGAUACUUAUCAGCUCUCUUGAAACAAAAAGAGCUAAUUCUGAUGUUCACUAAACUUUGAAAACCAGAAUCAGAAGGAAAUUAAUAUUAUUCUUACUGUUUAUUUCAGGAGCAACAGCUCUAGUUCAAGAGUUGGCAGACUUUUACACAAAGAAAGAGCUCUUAAAAUUUAUACUCAUGACGAUAAACCCAGCAACUGAAAGCAGGAGGAAACACUGAUCAUUGCAAAGUAAAACAAAAUCAAUUCUGUAGGACCUAGUCUGGCUACCCUGGAAUGAGUAGACGGUGUUAAGCAGGGUUGUCAGAAAGUUUUGAAGUAAACAGCUUAGUUGUCAAAGUAAGCAGCCAGUCCGGGUAUAUUUUAUUUAAAAAACGCCAUCCGUAAAGAAAUGCCAAGCAGAGUAGCCGGCCAAUACUAACCAAGUAGGCAGCAAUUUUUGCCGUCAGCCGGCUACUUUCGACAACCCUGGUGUUAAGAUGAAUUAUUGUAACAUAUUUUUUGCAGGAUUGUGCGUUAGAAUGAUUACAGUAGGACUUUUUCAUGUUGACUAUCAGUAGGGUUUUGAAAAUGAAAUUGUAUUAAAGCCCUUGUGAUAAACUUCACAAGGGUUUGAUUUAUUUUCACAUAAAUGAUAUUUUUUGUCCGUUUUAAGCAUAGCAAUUCAUUUUUUUCAAUUUUUUUUUUUUGCUCAGUGCAUGCACCCCAAAACCUCAUUCCAAGGGUUCUCGGGUAGGAGAGGACCCUGGUAACAAGAUUGCAUGCACCCCAGCGGGGUACUAUUGUAAGUGGAAUAGAUUUCUAAAUAUAGCUUACUGUUCAUUUUCCUCUAGAACUGAAUGUACUUGAUUGUUAAUACUGUGGUCAGUUACUACUUUGUAUAUUGAACAACUAAUGGAUGAAAUUCCAGAAUAUACCACAGUUUGAUUUUUAUGCUCUUCACUUUUAUGCAACUCAAAGCAAAACAUACUUUCAGGUGAAAAAUUGCAAGCUGAAAACUAUUCUUUGUACCUCCACCCUCACUCACCCUCCUGCCAUUUUGCCCUGAGAUGCAUCCAGGAACAACAUGAUUUGUUCUUUAUUGUUGAAAGUUAUACCUACUCCCGGUGCUGGGAGGAGAAGCUUAGUCUCAAUACUUUUUACAUUCCAGAUUUGUAUGGUGGUUUAUAUUUAAACUGCCAAUCACCUAUUUGUUUAGAUCUUCAGUAUUGUGCUACAGCUGGUCACUGCUGACCCACCUUUUUUUUCCUGUUUGGACAGUCAGUAAUAUAAGACUGAAAUGUUUUGACAGUUUAUACCAUCAGUUGCAUCUAAGCGUGUACAUGUGAGGAUUAAACAUUUUUAAAAUAAUGUUCUACUUGGGUGCAAACAUGAUAUGUUUUGCCACCAAACAUUCAAAGUUUGGAGUAGGUGGCUGUUGUCGACUUGAUUUGUUUUCACUCAACAAAAUAUUCUUUGCAAGAAUUUUUAAACAUUAAGGAUAAUUUCUGAAGGCAACUGUGCUGUUUCUGAGCGAGAAAUAUGCCUGAAAGUUGAGAAAAAUGAAGUAUGAGCAGAACAUGCUGAUCAAAAAGUUAAACAUAAUUAUAAGCGACUUACCUUUAUUGCGACAGUUUGCUUUAACUAAACGGGUGUCAAACUUCAAUGUUUGGUGGCAAAACACGUCAUGUCUUGAACCCCAUUUAUAUAACGUUUUUUUGUCUAGUGUCCACGCUUAGAUGCAACCAACGUUAGUUAGCAUUAAGUACAUAAUUAUGUUGUUUCAAGUCGUAAGUUCUUGUAGAAAGAUUUGUGCAACCUAUUUUCUUGAAAGCUCUCGGUCCUUUUGAGAACCAUAAUUUCAUUCUGACAGAAACUCUUGAUUGGCACACCAAAAAAAAAAAUAAUGUCCAUGAUAACAUUGUAUACUUAAUGGUUCAUGAACCAUAUGGUGCUUUUUGUAAUUUUUUGUGGUAAAUUGCAAUCUUCCUAUUGAUAUUAACAAUCAAGAUCCUAAUUCGUCUUGUACCUAUCAUGGAAAAUAAUUCAAAGUUCAAAUCAUUACUAACAAAAGAUGUCCAAUUUGUAAGCAGCUGUCUGUGUACAUUGAAUUUGUUUGGUGAAACAAAGUACUUUUUGUAUAGUAAUGUGACUAUUAAUAAAGACACAAUGUACUCAGUUAGUUAAAAAUAAUAUAAUGACAUACAUGUAAUACUAGGGAGUGAAAUGGUGUAUUAUCCAAAUAGGUAACUUCAUAGGCAAAAUAAAAUCA